AUGCAGAUUACGUUAGUCAAAAUGUCCAGACAAUUUCCCAGAAAGUUCUUCUCUUGGAGAACACUGCGCCAUUCCAGAACGUACUCCACCGAUCGUCCUUACUCCACAGCAUUGGGCGUGCUGCAGGACGUGGAGGACAAAAAUGAUUACGAUUACAAACUAGAAGACGUAGACAUCGAUCCCAAGGACUACAAGGACAUCCCCGGUCCCAAAGAGUUGCCUUUCAUUGGAAAUUCCUGGAGAUUCGCCCCGCUUAUUGGUCAUUACAAAAUUCACGAAUUGGACAAAGUUAUGUGGUCUUUGUACAAGCAAUACGGUAGGAUAGUAAAAGUGAGCGGUCUGAUAGGUCACCCGGAUUUGCUGUUCAUAUUCGACGCCGAUGGCAUUAAAAAGGUAUUUAAAAACGAGGAAAUCAUGCCGCACAGACCGUCGAUGCCGUCUCUACAUUACUACAAACAGCAAUUGCAGAAGGAUUUUUUCCAAGGAAACGAAGGCGUCAUUGGAGUGCAUGGCCCAAAGUGGGAGGCUUUCCGAAAGCAAGUCCAGCAAUUCCUGCUGCCUCCUAUAACAGCCAAAAAAUACAUCGAGCCUUUGGAUGGGAUAUCGAUGGAUUUCUUGAACAGAAUGGAAGAUAUGCUGGACGAAAAUCGGGAGCUACCAGACAAUUUUCUAUCGGAAAUUUAUAAAUGGGCAUUGGAAUCGGUGGCCAGAGUGUCGUUGAACAAGAGAUUAGGCUGUUUGGAACCGAAUUUACCGGUCGAUUCGGAAUCGCAGAAGAUCAUAAAUUCCAUCAACACGUUCUUCUGGAACGUGGCAGAAGUAGAAUUGAAAUUUCCCGUUUGGAGGUUCUAUAAAAACAAGGCUUUCAGGAAAUAUAUCGGCGCCUUGGAAAAUUUCAGAACUUUGUGUCUGAAAUACAUCACGCAAUGUAUAGAGGAAAUGAAGAGCAAGUCUUACGAACACAUGAGAGAUCAGGACAUUUCAAUUUUGGAGCAAAUCCUUAUGAAAACCGGCAACACCAAACUGGCUGCCGUAUUGGCUCUGGAUCUCUUCCUUGUCGGAGUGGACACAACUUCUAUUGCAGCGGCUUCGACGAUGUACCAGUUGUCACAAAACCCGGAGAAACAACAGAAGUUGUACCAAGAACUGCUUAACAUUAUGCCUAGUCAAAAUUCUCAAGUAGAUUUAGCGGCUCAAGAAAAAAUGCCUUAUCUUAGGGCAUGCAUAAAAGAAACAUUAAGAAUGUAUCCUGUGAUAAUCGCCAAUGGAAGAAGCCUUCAAACUGACACAAUACUCGAAGGAUAUAAAGUGCCUAAAGGGACUCACGUGAUAUUUCCACAUUUGGUGGUAAGCAAUAUAGAAGAAUACGUUGAAGAUCCCGGUAAGUUCGUCCCGGAAAGGUGGCUGCAUUCCAAUCAUUCCGAGUGUCCGGUGAAACAAGAGAAAAUCCAUCCCUUUAUAGCUUUGCCAUUCGGUUACGGUAGGAGGUCGUGCUUGGGAAGGAGAUUUGCCGAGGUGGAGCUCAACAUACUGUUAGCUAAAGUUUUUAGAAGAUACCAAGUUGAAUACAAUUACGGGCCUUUGACGUAUAAAAUUACACCCACUUAUGUUCCCGAGCAGCCUUUGAAAUUCAAACUCACAAAGAGAGAAAUAUAAAAGCACUGUAGUAGAAGUAACAAAAACAGUAUAAAUUCUAAUCGUAAUUAUUCGUUAAAACGUUUAUGUGUUCAAAUUGUACCCUACCUUACCCAUCACACUGACAAAUAAUUUUUUAGUGUAAUUCCUACAUUUUAACAUACGUAUAA